UUGGCUGGCAGUGGGAGAAGAUGAAAGGAGAUGGAUUUUGGUCAACAUUCCGCACAUUUUGUCAUUGCUGAAACAUUUGAUCCCAAUACAGUUUUCUGUUCUCAAGACUAAACUCUGUUAUGAACAGAGUGCACCUAGUUCUGUAGACUUUAUCUUUUGCAAAAGUUGUAAAAUAUUGCGUUGUUUAGAAGGAGUGCAAAGGCGAAUUGAGUUAUUGCACACGCGUACUCCACAGAGUAGGCGUUCACUAACGGAAAUAUGUAGAUACACUAGAACGAGCCAAUAGAAACUCGCUAACUCGUGCUUGGCUCUGUCCAUCUCUUUGAUUGUUCUGCUCACUAUGACUAAUUUGUUCCCUUGGAAAAGAUGGGCUGUGGUCUAUCUGGGUAUAGUUACACAAAUAUUUGAUGUAACGAUAGCACAGUGCCUUUGAGGGCACGAAAGUGGUUACAGAUGAACAGGAUUUAACGCGUUUUCUUAUGAUAAAGUUGGUCCCUGGUCGCCACCGGUAGGACACUUGCGGUACCAUAGUGGCUCCAGUAGUGAAGCUGGCGGGGAUCUCCGCAGCAAUGGGAAUGACCUCGUUUCAAGUUUAUGCCAUGAGUGAGGACAAAACAGAAACCGUGCGGCUCUCCCCUAGAGAGUUGUCCAUCUAUGCUCCAGACCCUACAGCAACACACUACAUGGAUGAGCAGCCUGGAGAUCUGCAUAGUGGGCUGGGUGUGGUCCGAGUGGGGCUGCGGCCAUAUGUUAGAGCCGUUAAGAAUGCUAAUAGCUCUGUCAAGGUUGGAGCUGUAACAGUCUAUACUGCUGGACUCGAUACAUAUGAGUUCCUGAGUGACCCUCCUCCUGGUUUCUUCCCGAGGGUCAGUGUGAUCACAGUCUCUGGGUUAGCUGGUCUGAUCCUGGCAAGGAAAGGGCCACAUCUGAUGAUGUUGGGGGUUCCUCUGGGUAUGGUCACUGUUGGGAUGGCUGUGUGCUACUCCACUCAGACAGUGACUGUUGUAAAGAUGACUGGGCAGAAGAUGUAUGCAGCCAACCAGUACACCACCUCAUAUGUGGCAUCAACCUUUAAAUCAAAGCCCAAAGAAGUAACACUCCCAACUAAGCAGCAAGCCCCACCAACUCCUAUCCCUGAGACAGAAAUACCUGAGGCAAAGCCCCUCCCUGAAGCUGGAUCAUCUGAACCAGUCAUGCCUGCUGUUGACGAACCUGGCUCUGCUCCAGUCCCCAUAGAGGAGGGUGUUCCAUCCGAGGCUGAACCUGCCCCUCAGCCCACCACAGAGGUGGCCCCUGCAGAGGGUUAUAUUGACACUGAGCCUGCUGCAGCUGAGGUAGUGGUGUUGCAAGAGUCUGUUGAGACGGCCCUUGUGCCUUCCGUUGAGACGGCCCCUGUCGAAGGGGCCUGCCCCUGCACCUCCUGCUGAAGAGAUUUCUCCACCUGCCCCUGUUGAGGUUGCUGCCCCACCUACAGCUUGAAGAGACGGCAUCUACACCUGUUGAGGAGGCUGCUCCUCCAGCUCCAGCAGAGGAGCCAUCUAGGAUUGUAAUAGUAACUGCUGGGAAACCCAAAUUUGCACCCGACCCCAAGCUAGUUGACCUGGGCCAGGUCAGCCCUGAGGAUGAAGACCUGUACAACAUGCGUGGAUGAAGAACGACAGGAUGAAAAGGAGAAGAGGAGCUUGCAGUUUACAAAGACACCCACAGAGAGCAGGGUGCAGGCCAUCAUCUGCAUCCACCACAACACAAGGUUUACUUCCCAGCACUUACACGGGGUGUACAAAACAUUAAGAACACCCUUUGCCUUCAGAACAGCCUCAAUUUGUGGAGUCCACAAAUUAUGUUACUAACCAGACUGGACCAUUACACUAAAUAUAUAUAUAUAUAUAUUUUUACUUGGGUCACGGCUAUGCUGUCACUUUUUUUGUCAGCCACAUUCACGUGGUGAAUGCCUGUUAUUAGUCCGGUCAGUCUAUGCAAAUAUUUUCCAUGUGGCAUUUCGUAAACGAGUGAGCCGUUUUAACACAUAUCCAUGUUUUUAUAGCAUUUGUAAGACUUUAUAGAACUACUGAGUUGAACCUUUUUGUAAAACCCCAAUGUUUAUGUAUUUGUGCAGCUCUUGCACAAGUUACACUCACAAAUAAGCCCACAGAGGAACCUGGAAGUCAUGUUACAUUAUGAACUGGCCAGUUUGAUAUGAGUGUUUGGAUCAUUGGAAUAAUGUCCUUGUACUUGAUGUCAGUUAGUAUUUUCAAAAGGAAAUGUUUCAAACAUAUUUUGUAUUUUAAUAGAACUGUCAACAUAUUGAAACUUUUUUUAAUAUAUAUAUUAGGCUAUUUUACAGUACAGCCAAGAGGACAUAUUUUACAUGUUUUAUCACUCCCUCUUUUCUUUUUUUAUAAAUGAAAAUCACUUCACGAAUCGACUGCCUUCAAUUUGAAACCACCCCAGCCCUGAUCUUCAUAAUGAUAAUCAUGUUUCAGAUGUGUGUUCUUUGGUGCAAUAGAAUUGCCAAAUAGGGAAUAAAGGCAUUUUCCUUCA